UGAUUUUCUUUAUUCUGCGUUGCAGAAUACGGGUUGCUUGAAUUUUUAAUGCAAUUUGUUUGAUUUUACAUACUGUAGAAUACGUUUGCUCAGGAGUUAAUCAUGAUCAUCCACCAAUAUUAUGGUGAGUGAUAUUGUUUUAAGUUAUUCACGCAUGUAAUCGAUUUGUUUAUAUAUAUACAAAUAUCGUACGCCAGGCAGGCCAAAACAAGAAAAGAAAACAGAUAAUUAGGCCGCAACAUAUAUAUAUUUGUUGAAAUGUAUAGAAAAAGUUAGACAUAAUUGAAUGUGAUCAUUCCACGUAAAGAAAGAAAGAAAGAAAAAAAAAAGUAAUGCAUUGCGUACCCAUAAUUCAUUGCAUUUCCGAAGGAGAUGGGAAUGGAAACAGCUACCAUAUCAAUUUAUUAAUCCAAUCAAGUCUCAUCUAAAUCUACAAACCAAAAACAAAAGAGAUAAAAGAAACUACAAUUAACAAACUACUAUUCCUACCAAUAGUAAGUAGUUUGAUUGGUUUUGCAGUGGCCUAGAAUCCUAAACGUUAAUGGAGGGAUUCAUGCAGCUACCUUAUGAUGCUACAGUGAGUUUCAUGUUAGCUUCACUUGAACGUAAUUUGCUAUCGGAUGCCUUUAUAAGGAGGCUUACUCGCUUGCUCUUGGCUACCCGUCUACGCUCCGGCCAUAAGCCUUCAUCUGAGCAACAGCUCUCUGACCAUGUCCAUUUCACGCGUUCUCUAAAAGAGAUGCCUAUUGCGAUCAAAACUGAUAAGCCUAAAACUCAAAAUUAUGAACUGCCAACCUCUUUCUUUAAGUUGGUUUUGGGCAAACAUUUCAAGUACAGUUGCUGUUAUUUUUGUGAUAGAUCAAGCACAUUGGAGGAUGCUGAGAAAUCAACGUUGGAGCUCUACUGUGAGAGGUCACAGCUAAAAGAUGGACGCAGUGUCCUUGAUAUUGGAUGUGAUUGGGGAGCACUCUCUUUUUACAUUGCCUAAAAGUAUAGCAAUUGCAGGAUUACUGGUAUUUGCAAUUCAACAACUCAGAAAGCAUCCAUUGAGGUGCGGUGUCGUUAUGCUCCUCGGGACCUUCAGCUGCAGAAUGUAGAAAUUCUUGUUGCAGAAACUAGCACAUUUGAAAUGGACGCGUCCUAUGACCGUCUAUACUCCAUUGGAAUGUUUGAACAUAUGAAGAACUAUAAAGAUCUAUUUCACAAGAUAUCCAAGUGGAUGAAACAGGAUGGCCUUCUUUUUGUUCAAUAUUUCUGCCACAAGACAUUUGCUUGCCAUUUUGAGGUAUAGUUCAUCAUAAUUGUAAAUGCCUUGCAAAUUACUAGGUAUUUCUUCACUGGAGGAACAAUGCCUGCUGCAAAUUUGUUGCUCUAUUUCCAGAUUUGCUGUGAGGAUGUUUCUGUUGUCAACCAUCGGCUUGUGAACGGGAAACAUUAUGCACAGACAAGUGAGGAGUGGCUCAAAAGAAUCGACUGGAACUUGCAUUCAAUUAAGGCAAUAAUGGUGUCAACUUACGGCAAGGAUCAGGUUCUCAAGCGGACCAUAUAUUGGAGAACAUUCUUUAUAGCUGUGGCAGAACUUUUUGGAUACAACAAUGGAGAAGAAUGGAUGGUUGCACAUUUCCUCUUUAAGAGAAAAUAAAGCCUUUUCCGGUUGGAGAUAUCAUGUGGGAAGGUGACAAAUAAGGCUAAGGCCCCAUUGGAAUAAACAGUAUAUUUCAUCA